CCCCACUCCCCCUCUCCCGGCACGGACUCCUCCCCUUUUCUUAAGUCGCCGCGGUAGUAACUUGCAGUUGCAGAGCACAUGCCCGGCAGUGUCAGGGCUGGCCUGCCCCGCGCGCCGCGGCUCCGCUCCGCCGUACCUGCGGGGGAACUCGCCUUGCCACUGCCUGGCGUCCUCCAGCCGUUACGAAAGCAGAGAAGUUGUGUUCCCUAACAUCAGCGAGGAGGUUUGGCUUUCUGGGAGUGAUUCUGAGACACUGAGGUGCAAAGAAGACGCGCCCAGAGAAAAGUAAAAUAUGACUAAAAGCAAUGGAGAAGAGCCCAAAGUGGGGGGCAGGAUGGAGCGAUUCCAGCAAGGAGUCCGUAAACGCACACUGUUGGCCAAGAAGAAAGUACAGAACAUCACAAAGGAGGAUGUUAAAAGUUACCUGUUUCGGAAUGCUUUUGUACUGCUCACUGUCUCAGCUGUCAUUGUGGGUACAAUCCUUGGAUUUACCCUUCGACCAUACAAAAUGAGCUACCGGGAAGUCAAGUACUUCUCCUUUCCUGGGGAACUUCUGAUGAGGAUGUUACAGAUGCUAGUCUUACCACUUAUCAUUUCCAGUCUUGUCACAGGAAUGGCGGCCCUAGAUAGUAAGGCAUCAGGGAAGAUGGGGAUGCGAGCUGUAGUCUAUUACAUGACUACCACCAUCAUUGCCGUGGUGAUUGGCAUAAUCAUUGUCAUCAUCAUCCAUCCUGGGAAGGGCUCAAAGGAAAACAUGCACAGAGAAGGCAAAGUUGUACAAGUGACGGCUGCAGAUGCCUUCCUGGACUUGAUCAGGAACAUGUUCCCUCCAAAUCUGGUGGAAGCCUGCUUUAAACAGUUUAAAACCAACUAUGAGAAGAGAAGCUUUAAAGUGCCCGUCCAGUCCAACGAAACGCUCAUCGGGGCUGUGAUAAACAACGUGUCGGAAGCCAUGCAGUCUCUCACUCGGAUCACAGAGGAGCUGGUUCCAGUUCCAGGAUCUGUGAAUGGGGUCAAUGCCCUGGGACUAGUUGUCUUCUCCAUGUGCUUCGGUUUUGUGAUUGGCAACAUGAAGGAGCAAGGCCAGGCCCUAAAAGAUUUCUUUGAUUGUCUUAAUGAAGCCAUCAUGAGAUUGGUAGCAGUGAUAAUGUGGUACGCCCCUCUGGGCAUCCUCUUCCUGAUCGCAGGGAAAAUCGUGGAGAUGGAAGACAUGGGUGUGAUUGGGGGGCAACUUGCCAUGUACACGGUGACUGUCAUUGUUGGCUUACUCAUUCACGGAGUCAUCGUGCUGCCCCUCCUCUACUUCUUGGUAACCCGGAAAAACCCUUGGGUUUUUAUUGGAGGGUUGCUGCAAGCACUUGUCACAGCUAUGGGGACCUCUUCAAGUUCUGCCACGCUACCCAUCACCUUCAAGUGCCUGGAAGAGAACAACGGUGUGGACAAACGCGUCACCAGAUUCGUGCUUCCCGUGGGGGCCACCAUUAACAUGGAUGGGACUGCCCUCUAUGAGGCUUUGGCCGCCAUCUUCAUCGCUCAAGUUAACAACUUUGAACUGAACUUUGGACAGAUUAUUACAAUCAGCAUCACAGCCACGGCCGCCAGUAUUGGGGCGGCUGGAAUUCCUCAGGCAGGCCUGGUCACUAUGGUCAUCGUGCUGACCUCCGUGGGCCUGCCCACCGAUGACAUCACUCUCAUCAUCGCCGUGGACUGGUUCCUGGACCGCCUCCGAACCACCACCAACGUGCUGGGAGACUCCCUUGGAGCUGGGAUUGUUGAGCACUUGUCACAACAUGAACUGAAGAACCGAGAUGUUGAAAUGGGUAACUCGGUGAUUGAAGAAAAUGAAAUGAAGAAACCAUAUCAGCUGAUUUCCCAGGACAGUGAAACUGAGAAACCCAUCGACAGUGAAACCAAGAUGUAGACUAACAUAAAGAAAUGCUUUCUUGAGCACCAGGUGUUUGAAAACCUUUAUAAAAUGUCUGCAUCUCGUUACAGCUCAUUUUCUCCAGUAAGCCCCUCCCCUCCCUCCUUACUCUGAGAAGAUUGGACAGUAUUCAUCCAAAAACAGGGGAGCAUUUUGCAGUGGCCAAAAUGUAUAAUUUUCAUCCCACAUUUGAAAUUUUUAAAUCAUUUCAUAUUAGUCUUACUCAAUGAGGUACUGAGAUCAAAAAUAGUCUUGAUCAGAUCUUAUAAGUGUGUGUGGCACAUAAUCCUAUAAAUGUGAUUUUUUUAUAAGUUAGAGAAUCAAACAAAUAAUAGGCUAGAAGCAUUUUUAAAUCAACUUUUGCCAUUUAAAAAUCCUUCAGAACAGAAUUGAGUUCUAGUCUCAAAAUAUUACAACUUUGAUGAACUGCCAUCUGUUAUCAGUGGGACAGUAGAAGAGUUUUUUCCCUUUCUCUUCACACUGUCAUACAUAUUUUAUUAGUAGCUAGGUGAACAUACACUCCUAGCACAGUGGUGGGGAGGGGCAGAAAGUGAAGUUUUUGCAUGGCUUUGAGUAAGUCAUAUGUCAUUUCUAGGCCUCAGUGUCCUCAUCUAUAAAAUGAGUGACUUCCCUAGAUGCCUCCCUGGUCACUUCUAGCCCAGACAUCCUGUGACAUCAUGAAAGAGCCUGCACUCUAAUUUCCCUGGGAACACCUGGUACCACGUAUCAGUCCCUGUAGCACCGGGCUUUCAGAAAGGAUGCUUACUGGGAGUAAAUAUUUCUAAUUAGGAGCAGGAUGGCUGUGUGGUUGACCAGGUCCUGUGGUCAAAAUGCCAGGAAUGUAUGCGAGUUGCCAGGUGGGAGGCCAUUCCAGGAGUGGGUUUUACUCAUAAAACCCUCUGCCCAGUUCUUCCCAACAGAGAAAGUAUUCCCUCCUUUCCUACUCUUCCCAAACUGAAAGGACUGUGUUGGGAAGGAUGUCUCUUCCCACCAUUCCUCAACUGAUGAUAGACUUCUUGAAAAUAAAACAGAAGACUAGUAGUAAUUAGCAAGGGUGCUUGUGGUCAUACUAUGAAACACUAAAGAGCUAGGAAAGAAUGGAGCAAAGUUGACCUUAUAAAAAAUGGAUUUUAAAAUAUUAAGAGACUAGGUCUUCAAGGAAGAAUGAAAAAGGAGAGGUUCAUUUUAGUUUUGUUUUACCUGAAACACUUUUUCUCUUCAGUUCAAAAUCAUUCCCCAAUGAAGUCUGUAUACCAAAAUAUAAGAUCACUUAUGUAUUUUAAAGAAGUCAAAUGAAUGAGCUCUCUGAUAAAGAUCUAUGAGUGGGUGAGUGGUCUGAUAUUUGAAAAUGUUUUUUACUUUAAUCAGAAGUUCUUAGAAUGAGAGAAAUAAGAUAUUUCUUUAUGUUGGAAUCCCACUUACCAAGUCAUUCAAAACCACCAGCCGGAGUAGGGUUUCGUUUGUUUUGUUUGCAUCCUAAGAGAAAUGGUAGAAGAUGAAUCAGUAUGAAGACAGUGUCAAUGAGAAUGCAAGAAAAAACAGCAGGGGCAUUAGUUUCAGGCAAGGGAGCUCCCAGGUUUAGAGGAGAUUAAUUUUUACCCCUUCAGGAAUAUCAGCGUCAGAGACGCCGAGUGGGAGCUGUCAGACGACAAUACCAGCUGUGUUUUGAGUUUCUGACUGAAAGUGGUGAAGAAUGGACUUAAUUAUGCUAACAGACUGAAAAUCUAGACGUACAUCUUUUGAUAUAUAAUUAGAGAUAUUUUUAUAUAGAUCCCAAGCAUUAUAUGUGUAUAAAAGUUAACAUUAGGCAAUGGUGGAGUAACCAUUUGAUGUCAAGGCUCUAUUUGGGAAAUACACUACAAAAGAUAAUGUACAUGGCUGUCAUGACACUAGUAGAGCAAAAAUUAAUCCUGUCAAAUUAAUUCUGUUACACAAUGUGAUUUUUUUUAUACUAACCAUUUCUUACGGAAAGCAGGUCCUUUAGGGUGACUCUGCAUACGCGUGCACCCAGUGUGGACUGGGAAGCAUUACUUUGUAGAUGUAUUUUCAAUAAAGAAAAAAAAUAGUUUUACAUGAA